AUGUGGGAUACUAUUGUUAUAAUUUUAACUAAUCAUGAUUACAAUGAGGGUAAGGGAUAUUUAUAUCCUUGCGGAGUUGGAUAUAAUACUUCAAAUUUAUCCGCCAAAUUAUCAGAUGCAUAG